GACAGCUGGCCGACUGUUCGGCGGACAGAUGACAGACGAAAGGUCACAGAAAACGGGAAUGGAAUUUACACAUUGGGUCGAAUUCUUGUGAUUAUUUUGUGAAGCAAAUAUUAUUUGUAUAUUUAAAUACUUCAAAAAUGGAUGUAGAUGAGUGCCUCAAGGAGUGGGAAGAUUUAGUGGUGGAUUACAAGCGCUUAGAGACCACAAACAAAGACUAUGUGACGAAAUUAGAAGAGGUUGGUGAGUUGCAAGCGGCCUGCAUGAAAGAGAUCAACCACCAGAAGUACCGUAUGUCAGUCAUAGCCAAUGCACUCAAAAGGCUAGAAAAGAAAGGUGUCACGAAAGAUGAUCGCGUCGCAAACUUGGAGAAAGAAAUUAUGAAAAGGAAAGCUAUGUUGCGUGAGAUCAACGCGACGCUACCGAAACAGAACAGCCUGUACCUGCGCAUCAUACUCGGAAACGUUAAUGUUUCUAUACUCAACAAAAAUGACAAAUUCAAAUACAAGGAUGAAUAUGAAAAAUUUAAAUUGAUACUCAGUGCGAUUGCCUUCGUUUUAGCUGUUGCAAAUUUGUACAUAGACUUCAGGCCUUUACAAUUAAUACUGUUGUUCCUCCUGGUAUGGUAUUACUGCACGUUGACGAUUCGUGAGAGCAUCCUCAAAGUCAAUGGAUCCAGGAUUAAGGGAUGGUGGCGGCUUCACCACUUCAUAUCGACCGUGGUCGCCGGCAUCCUGCUCAUCUGGCCACAGAACGAGCCCUGGAACAUGUUCAGACAUACGUUCAUGUAUUUUAUAGCUUAUAUCAGUGUUGUCCAAUACAUGCAGUUUAGAUACCAAAGUGGGGUGCUAUACAGGUUAAAAGCGUUAGGUGCGCGGCAUAAUAUGGACAUUACUAUUGAAGGGUUCCACUCGUGGAUGUGGCGAGGGCUCUCCUACCUUCUACCUUUCUUAUUCGGAGGAUACGUGUUCCAGUUGUAUAUUGCAUACACACUGUAUAGCUUGAGCUAUCAUCCGGAAGCCACGUGGCAGGUGCCCGCAUUAAGUAUAUCAUUCCUGACGAUCGGCAUCGGGAACUUCGCGACGACGCUCUUCGUCAUACCGCAGAAACUCAACGAGCAGAUAACUUACCUGGCGGCUUUGUUUCUUACGUUGCACAGUCUCAACAUGUACACAAUACUGCAGACCUUGCACAAGAAGUUGCAAGGCGGUCUGAAGUUACGGUACAAAUUACGUGCAAUUGCCUACCGUCUGUCAAAUGAGAUCGCCGUAUUGGAACAAAAAUGGCGACAGAAUAAAGUGGAUACGAAAACAGAGUAACUUUUUCUGGCCUAUAUUUUUAUGUGACUAACUAAUGUAAUUAAUAGAUCAAUGAACGAUUUAUAUUUUCGUAAUUCAUGGUGUUUAAAAACUAUAACGGCGUUAUUUCUCUAUUGUAAAUAUAGUUAUUUAAUAACU